AUGAAACUCCUCAGAUACAUUUUGGUUUAUCGUCGGUUUCUCCUUAUAGUUUCUGCUCUUUUGCUUUUACUGCCCUUGCCUCUCAUCCUCCGCGACAAGGAAGCAGAAUGUGCCUAUACACUUUUUGUUGUUGCUAUACUUUGGCUCACAGAAGCUUUGCCUCUGUCGGUAACGGCUUUGCUGCCUGCUUUAAUGUUCCCUAUGUUUGGGAUCAUGCAAUCUAAGGAGGUGGCAUCUGCUUAUUUCAAAGAUUUUCACCUACUCCUAAUUGGAGUUAUCUGUUUAGCAACAUCAAUAGAAAAAUGGAAUUUGCACAAGAGGAUUGCUCUGAGAAUGGUGAUGAUGGUGGGUGUGGACCCAGCAUGGCUGACGUUGGGGCUCAUGAGCAGCACUGCCUUUUUGUCUAUGUGGCUUAGCAACACCUCUACUGCUGCCAUGGUGAUGCCCAUUGUGGAGGCUUUGGCACAGCAGCUCAUCAGUGCUGAAGCAGAAGUCGAGACCACUCAGAUGACUUAUCUCAAUGGAUCUUCCAACCUUGGACUGGAAAUUGAUGGAAUUGUUAAUGUACAUGAAACAAACGAGAGGCAAGAGAACACAAAACCAGUUGAAGGAUACAGUAAUGAUGCAGAGAAAAUUUCAAGCAAGAUGGAGUUGGAAAAGAAUUCAGGCACAGAAAACAAAUAUCGAACAAAGAAGGACCACAUGAUGUGCAAGCUUUUGUGUCUGUGCAUUGCUUACUCUUCUACCAUUGGAGGACUGACAACGAUCACUGGUACCUCCACCAACUUGAUCUUUGCUGAGCAUUUCAACACACGCUACCCUGGUUGUGAUUGCCUCAACUUUGGAUCAUGGUUUAUACUUUCCUUCCCAGCUGCUAUUAUUAUUCUACUCUUGUGCUGGAUCUGGCUUCUGUGGCUUUUCCUGGGACUCAAUUUUAAAGAAAUGUUCAAAUGUGGAAAAGCCAAAACAGUCAAACAAAAAGCUUGUGCUGAGGUGAUCAAGCAAGAAUAUGAAAAACUUGGGCCAAUAAGGUAUCAAGAAAUUGUGACAUUGGUCCUCUUUAUUAUAAUGGCCCUGCUAUGGUUUAGCCGCGAUCCAGGAUUUGUUUCUGGUUGGUCUGCACUUUUUUCAAAGUACCCUGGUUUUGCUACAGAUUCAACUGUUGCCUUACUUAUCGGACUCCUAUUCUUUCUUAUUCCAGCUAAGAUAUUGACUAAAACUACACCUACAGGAGAAAUAGUUGCUUUUGAUUACUCUCCACUGAUUACUUGGAAAGAAUUCCAGUCAUUCAUGCCCUGGGAUAUAGCCAUUCUUGUUGGUGGAGGGUUUGCCUUAGCAGAUGGCUGUGAGGAGUCAGGACUAUCCAGUUGGAUAGCAAAUAAAUUAUCUCCUCUAGGUUCGUUACCAGCAUGGCUAAUAAUCCUCAUAUCUUCUUUGAUGGUCACAUCUUUAACAGAGGUAGCCAGCAACCCAGCUACCAUUACUCUUCUUCUCCCAAUAUUGUCUCCACUGGCUGAAGCCAUUCAAGUGAACCCUCUUUAUAUUUUGAUACCUUCUACUCUGUGUACAUCGUUUGCAUUCCUCCUACCAGUAGCAAACCCACCCAAUGCUAUAGUUUUUUCAUAUGGCCAUCUGAAAGUCAUUGACAUGGUUAAAGCUGGACUUGGUAUUAAUAUUGUGGGUGUUGCUGUGGUGAUGCUUGGCGUGUCUACCUGGAUGGUGCCCAUGUUUGACCUCCACACCUACCCUUCUUGGGCUCCUGCAAUUAGCAAUGAGACCAUGCCAUGA